AUGGUGCGCACUCUGCCAACCCCACUGAAUGCGCACACUGCCAUCCUCAUCAACUGUGCACACUCCAGCGACUCAAUUGACUGUGUGCACACCACCGUCACAGCUGACUGUUCACACUCUGCCGACCCCGCCAACUCUGCCAGUGCGCACUCCGCCAACCCCGCCAAAUGUGCACACUCCGAAGACCCUGCCAACUCUGGGCACUCAGCUGACCCCAUCGACUGUGCGCACACUGCCCACCCCGCCGAAUGUGCGCACACUGCUGUCCCCGCGAACUGUGCGCCUGCUGCCGACCCCGUCGACUGUGCGCAAACUGCCGAACACGCUGACUGUGCAAAAUCCGACGACCCCACCGACUGUGGGCACUCUGCUGACACUGCUGACCCUGGGCACUCUGCCGUCCCUGCCGACUGUGUGCACACCGCUGACGCCACCAACUGUGCACACUCCGAUGUCCCAUCUGACUCUGUGCACACCUCUGACCCCACCGAUGGUGUGCACUCCAGCGAUUCCACGGAAUGUGUGCACUCCGCCAACCCCACCAACUGUGCGCACUCUGCCAACACCACCAACUGUGGGCACACCGCCGACCCUGCCCAAUGUGUGCACACCACCAUCCCCGCCAUCUGUGAGCACUCCGCCGACACCGCCGACUGUGUGCACACUGCCGACCCCGACGACUGUGUGCACUCCGCUGACCAUGAAAACUCUGACUGUGCGCACUCUGCCAUCCCCACCAACAGUGGGCACACCGCCGACCCCACCGACUGUGUGUGCCCCACAGUUACUGCCGAGUCUGCGCACGCCGCCGACCCCGCCGAUUGUGUGCAUUCUGCUGACCGCGAUGAUGUGCUCACUCCACUGAUCCCACUGACUAUCGCAGAACCUGCCAUCUGUGUGCACACCGUCGUUCCAAUUGACUGUGCACACACCGCGUACUCUGCCAACUGUCUGCACGCCGAUGACACAGGUGACUGUGCGUACACCACCGACCCCUCUGACUGUGCGCACUUCAGCAUCCCCGAUGACUGUGCGCACUACGCCGUCCCUGCUGACUGUGCACACAACACCGACCGCACCAAUGUGCACAAUCCACUGACCCCACCGACUGUCCGCACUCCGCCGAACAUGCCGACAGUCGACUCCACCGACUGUGCACACUCCGCCGUCCCAGCCGACUGUGUGCACUCUGCCGACCCCGCCGACAGUGGGCACACCUCCAACCCCGCCGACUGUGCGCACUCUGCCAACCCAGCUGCCAGUGUGCACUCCACCGACCCCACCGACUGUGCGCAUGCUGCCGACCCUGCCUUCACAGCGCACUCCACCAAACAAGCCAAGAGUGCACGCUCCGAAGACCCCGCCUACUCUGGGCACACAGCCAACCCCAUCGACUGUGCGCACACCGCCAACCCCACCGNCAAGAGUGCAUGCUCCGAAGACCCCGCCUACUCUGGGCACACAGCCAACCCCAUCGACUGUGCGCACACCGCCAACCCCACCGAAUGUGCACUCACUGCCAUCCUCGCCAACUGUGCGCAUGCCGCCGACCCCGCCAACUGUGCGCAAACCACUACCCCGCUGACUGUGCGCACUCCACCGAACUCGCCGACAGUGCACACUCCUACGACCCUGCCAACUGUGGACCCUCUGCCAACACCGCCGACACUGGGCACUCCGCCGUCCCAGCCGACUGUGCGCACAUCGCUGAUGCCGCUGAUUGUGUGCACUCCGCCGGCCCAUCCGACUCUGUGCACACUGCUGACCCCACUGAUGACUGUGCGAACUCCGCCGACCUCACCGACUGUGCACACCGCCGUCCCCACAAACUGUGUACACACCGCCGUCCCCGCCGACUGUGCACACACCAACAAACCAACAGACUGUGCACACACCACCGACCCCACCGACUGUGCGCACCCUGGCAACUCCACUGACUGUGCACACACCAUCAUCCCCGCCGACUGUGUGCACUCUGCUGACCCCAAUGACUCUGCACAUUCCAGCGACUCCACCAAAUGUGUGCACUCCACUGUCCCAGCCAACUGUGUGCACUCCGCCGAUCCCACCGUGAAUGGGCACACUGCCGAACCCACCGACCCUGUGCACACCGCCGACACUGCCGACCGUGCGCACUCGGCUAACUCUGUCAAAUCUGCGCACACCGCCGUACCCGCCAACUGUGCUCACACCGCCGAACCCACAGACUGUGUGCUCACCACCGACCCCACUGGCUGUGCACACUCUGCCACCCCACCUACUGUGAGUACACUGCCGACCCUGCCAACUGUGCACACAGCCCUGACCCCACCAACUGUGUGCUCUCCGCUGACACCGCCGACUGUGUGCUCUCCGCUGACCCCAUCGACUGUGCACAUUCUGCCAACCCCGCCGAAUCUGCGCGCUCCGCCGAAUUUGCCGACAGUGCACACUGCACUGACCCUGAUGACUGCAAAUUCUGCCAACCCUGCCGACCGUGCGCACUCCGCCGACCCCGCUGACUGUGCACGCUCCUCCGACACCGCUGACUGUGCGCACUCAGCCGACCCCCCGACUGUACACACUGCCGACUGUGCCGACUAUGUGCACACCUUCAACACUGCCGACUGUGCGCACUGUGCCUCCCCGCCGACUGUGUGCACUCCAGCAUACACAACGGCUGUGCGCACUUGGUGGACCCACCGAUGGUGCGCACUACGCUGA